GGCCCAAUAGUUUUAAACCUAAUUCCACGCGAUUUCAGGUUUAUAGGGCAGUUCUUACUUCUUCUACUUUUUUGAGCUUUUACACAAAUCCUAACUCCAAGUUUAGAUUACAACAGAAACCCUAAUUCCAGUAUUUGAAAAUGUGGGCUGAGUUACCAGAAGACAUGAUUGAAUCAAUCUCCAAAAAGCUUACAAGCUGUGUCGAUUAUGUGAGAUACCGAUGUGUAUGUCGCAGUUGGAGACUCUCUACCCCUGAAGCCCCUCUCCAUCUACCAACUCAACACCCAUGGCUCAUGAUUUCUCACCAAUCCUUUUUUGACCUCUCAACAAACAAAGUCCAUCAACUCAAUCUCGCUCCACAUUCUUCUCGUCGAACGUGUAUCUAUGGUUCUUCUCAUGGGUGGCUUGUCAUCAUUGACAAGUUCACAUCAGAGCCCCUUGAUUAGCAGCGAAAACUUUACGGCAUUUGCCUUGCUUCAUGGUAAUGAGUUUGCGGUCUGGAGAAAAGGCUAUGAAUCUUGGGUUGUUCUUAACUGGGGAAUAAAUUGUAACGGAGUGGACGCUGUAUACAAAAACGGUUCCUUUUUUGUUGUAGGCACAAAUGGAACCAUUGCAGUUUUUGAUGUUGACCGUUGUAAGAUCUCUCAUAUUGAGAUGUCUCCUGAUAUUGAGAUUUUUCCUUUUGGGUUGACUAGAAUUCCCUUUGUGAAUGAUCAUUGCAAUUUAGUGUUUUUGAAAGAGAACAUGUUGUUGGUUAUUCCGAAAUUUAAACCUGUUAAAAAUAUGUUUGGUAAUCGUAUUACUAAGACUGGGUUUAAGAUUUAUGAGAUGAAUGGGAAUGUUUGCAAGUGGGAACGAAUUCAUAGUUUGGGAGAGCACUCUUUGUUUAUAGGGGCCAAAUCUUCUUCCGUCAUUUGUUGUUGUGUUGCUGAUUUGGUUGGUUGUCGUCCAAAUUGUAUCUAUUUCACCAACUUUACUUAUGGGGCAUAUUUUGGUAUAUAUAAUUUAUCCAAUAAGAGCAUUGAUCUGCUGCCCGGUAAUCCACCUAUAUCAUAUAGUCAUUCAGUUUUUGUUCAGCCAAGUCCGAAUUAAGUUGCUCAGAAGAAACUCAAAUUUAAUGUACCUUUGGAUAUAUUGCUUUCCUAAGGUUAUUUUGAUGGUUUAAUUUUGAGACAUUUAUCUGGAGGAAUGAACGUUGAAUAUUAUGAUAUAUUAGUAUUUGUUUGAAUCCGACUAUAGAUUCAAUCAAGUUUGGUAAUCUGCAUAUCCAAAGGUGUAUUUGAUCGCAUAGAUUAGAACACCGAAGAACUUUAAGAAAUUAUUAGGUUCAAUUCUAACUUGUCUAUCAAAGAUUUAUUAUGACUUAUAAGUUUAUAAUAUAGUAAUUAGUUUUGAUUUAGAGAAAAAAUUAUAAAGAAAACUAAUUGUAGGAAGCUAAAGUUAGUCGCUUAAAAUGGGUUAAGGUGUUGGAGGUUACACAAACCAUGAUGGGGCGUUAGGCCUCAUUAUACAUGUGGUUUAUAAGGUGUUUGAGGAAUAACAAAUCUUUCAAUUACUUCAAUAUUGUUGUUCCUUUAUAAGGUGUUUUAUGGAUUUACGCUCUUUUUUAAUACAAAUCUUUCAUUUACUUCAAUAUUGCUCUUCCAUUUGUUUGUUAAUUUGUUCUUUCCUAUUCGACUAAACCUAUUUACUCUAUUUUUUAAAGUUAUUUACUUUAGAUUUUCCUUUGCACAUUUAUUUUCUUUCAAGAAGAUUUACACAUAAGUAGUCAGAAGAUUUUUGAGUUUGAUCUUACAAGUAAACUAAAACUCGUAAUUGUUUAAAAAAUCUUCCUACAAUUAGCUUCCUACAAUUAGUUUCCUUUAUAAUUAUCUCCCAUUACUUUUGGGGUUACACAAACCAUGACGGGGGCGUUAGGCCUCAUUUCCAUCCACCAUUCAGUUUGCCGAGGAACGCAAUUCCUAACAUAUCACAACAUUAUAUCUGACUAUCAAACAACCAUGAAAGCCUUCUUCUCCCUUUCCUGCAGGAAUAGCCAUGUGGAGGCUGUUGUUAACAAUAAUUCCUCAGCAAGAAUAGUGUAAACAUUGUGACAACCACCACGAGAUCAAAAACAUCACUAAAUACGUUAAAUCUACAGCCUCAUGGAUGCAGUCAAGGCGGCCCUGAAACCGGAUGCCUUGCGAUUUACAUCAGACUUACAUCCCUAAAGACAUGUUGUCACAACAACCUUGAAAUUGGUAGUUUAAUCACUUCUUUCCCCUGAAAGUUCCCAAACAGAAUUAAUUACAAAUUAGUGAAAUUGUAGCCAUGAAACAUAAACAUAUAUCGAGCCUUCCGAAUAGCUCUACUUCCAACUCCAUUUUUGCAAUUCUCAGUCCUGAUUGCUAUGUAGACAACAAUUUAUCUGACCAUAUUGAGUAUUGCAUAUAUUUAAAAUAAAACUCCAAUCUACUAUUGCGAAGCAUUAAAUCACUUAGCUUUUGUCGAUAACAUGUCGCUCCAGCCCGUUAUUCUCAUAUAAAGGGUACAACAACCUCUAAAGUCAUGUAAAGGAUCAUGUAGA